AUGAGGCGUUUCUGGAACUGGAUUAUUGAUCAAAAAACGAAUACUGUCAAGAAAUGGCAAUCAGCAGUGUUGAAUAUGGACCGUUGUCAGCAACACAGUCCCUGCGGGCACCUUAAGCCUAUUGGUGGUAGCGAUGAUGAGUUGAACCGAGAGCAGCGGAAAACUUCGAAGGGUUUGAUGGAAGCGGGUAACAGUCAUAGAAGCAGCAUUUCGUUGCAGAAUUUCGAAAAUUUCGAAGAAGAUUAUAAGGCGACAAAUUUUGAAGAAUUUUUCGAUGAAUCCUCUGGUGCUAUCAAAUCUGCUCUUGUGAGUUUCUUGGAUUGA